AUGCCGGUGGACAAUGCCAACCCUCAUGACGAAGGAGGGAGCGAGGCAAACACAAACGAUGCUGACAUGCCGGAAGGGGAGAGGACUCAGGCGAUCGAAGGGCAUGCAGAUGAAUCCGAUGGGGAAGACAGCGAGGCGAGCAUGAACCAGGCGGAUGAGCCUGAAGACGAGAAG